AUAUUCGGGCCGCGCCGCCCCGCACGGCUCUCGCCGGGUAGCACGGGGCGCCAUGGCCGGCGCGCUGCGGGUGCUGGUGGACAUGGACGGCGUCGUGGCCGACUUCGAGGGCGCGGUGCUGCGAGGCUUCAGCGCCCGCUUCCCCGCGGAGCCACGCGUGGAGCUGGCGGCGAGGAGCGGCUUCUCGGUGCGGGAGCAGUACCGCGGCCUGCGCCCGGAGCUGGCGGCUAAGGUAGCCAGUGUCUAUGAAUCACCUGGCUUCUUUCUAGGGUUGGAUCCCAUUCCAGGAGCCCUGGAAGCUCUGCAGGAGAUGAUCCGCAUGCAGGACACUGAAGUCUUUAUUUGCACAAGUCCUCUCCGGAAUUACGAGCACUGCGUCCUGGAAAAGUAUAAGUGGGUAGAGAAACACCUGGGACCCGAGUUUGUGGAGCGGAUUAUUCUAACCCGCGAUAAGACCGUCGUGUCUGCGGACUUGCUGUUUGACGACAAGGACACCAUUACAGGCGCAGAGCCGAACCCGAGCUGGGAGCACAUCCUCUUUACCUGCUGCCACAACAGGCACAUCCAGCUGCAGGCCCCGCGCAGGCGGCUGCUGUCCUGGGCGGAUGACUGGAAGGGCAUCUUGGAAAGCAAGCGCAGGCAGUAGUGCGCAGAAGGGGUGCUCUUCCCACUGCCAGGAACGCAUCCAUGGGCAGGGAAUCCCAUUCCCAGGAGGCAGUGAGUGCCCUCAUCCAGGCAGAGGCACUCGGGGAGCAGUUGUAACAAGAGCUGCCUUUGUUAGACACGCUGCAGAGCUGCUGCUGCUGCUGCUCCACGUGUCUGGAAGAUCGCUCUGCAGUUAUGUCUGUAGGGUUUGGGGUGUUUGCUGCUGGUGAAACGAUAAAAUACAAGCAGCUGUGGGUUGUA